GUCGAGAGCCACAAGAUGUGAGGCGCCUUCUGGAAAAUUCCAGCGCUGACAGAUGGGUCCCACGUCCGACGUGGCGCCCUUUCCUCUUCUUUCUCUUCUCUUCUCUUCUCCUCCUUCCUUCCAAAAAUCUCUCCUUUCUUCUAGUUUCCUCUUCCUCUCGCAUCCUAGCGGCAGCGGCAGCGGCAGCCUCCUCCUCCUCCGCCGCCGCCGCUCCUCUUCCCUCUCCCAACUCCCGUACGGGCGUACGGCCGCCUCGUCGCCGGAUUUUUUUUUUCGUUCCCCCGGCGAGCUUGCACUCUCUUUUCUUCGAUUCUCUUUCGGCUUUGCUUCUUCGGUCGCUUUUUUUUUUGGCUGUUCCUGGUCGAUCCCGGCGAAGGAGGUGGUCGGGAAGCAAGAUUUGAACUACUCCUCCUCAUGGCUUCCAUGCCGCAGCUGGAGGUAAAGAUCUCCUCAUAUAUAGCCAGGUUGCUCUUCUUUUUCUUUUUCUGGCCUUGCGCAACCGCUGAUAGAGAGUUUGAUGAUGAUUUGUGUGGUCAUUUGCUUAACUUUGCAGAUUUUAUUUGCAAAAAUAUAUUUUUCCUGGACCGAUCCAUUAUUAUUGCCUAAAAAAACAAAUGUAUUGCAAUUUUUUAGUUAAAAAAUGGGAGUGUUCUAGAUGCUUCUCUCCUGGUUCUGGGGCGGAUACACGUCAUAAUUAUCUAUCUUUAGAGGCUUCCAGAACGACAUGGGAUGGCCAAUACUCCUCCUAUACUCUCUCUCUCCAAUAACGGCACGAAUCCUCAAUUAACAAAUCCUUCUGCCUCUGCUUACUGGAGUACUACACUACACUAGGAAAAGGAUUCAUCCGAUUUGGCAAUCAACAAAGGCCCGUCGCUGGAUCUUGUCAAAUCUCCCUUGAUGAUGAAUGAUGCAUCUGCAACUGUAACUGCAAUGCAGCCCAACGAGGGGAUGGAGGAGUUCCCUGUCAAGGUUCGGAAGCCUUACACGAUCACCAAGCAGCGGGAGAAGUGGACGGAAGAAGAGCACGACAAGUUCCUUGAGGCAUUGAAGCUGUAUGGUCGCUCUUGGCGUCAGAUACAAGAGCACAUUGGCACAAAGACUGCUGUCCAAAUUCGGAGCCAUGCCCAGAAGUUUUUCUCAAAGGUGGUGCGUGAGCCCGGUUCCAAUAAUGCGAUUGAGAUCCCUCCACCUAGGCCAAAGAGAAAACCACUUCAUCCGUACCCUCGAAAGUGUGCGAAUUCUGGAUCGGACGCAAAUCCAGCAACAGCGCAAUUGAAGCUUGCUCCUGGCUCAUCUUCAUCUGGCUCUGAUCAAGAGAAUGGUUCUCCUAUAUCGGUGCUAUCUGCGAUGCAGUCAGAUGCUUUUGGAUCGUCAGUAUCCAAUCCAUCAACCAGAUGUACCUCCCCAGCGUCAUCUGACGAUGGAAAUAACAUUCCCACAUUCACGAGUGGGGAAGAUAAUAAUGUGCCUUGUGAACCAACAGUGAUAGAUCCGUCCCAGUCCCACAAGGAAAUAGACCAAGAUAGAAAAGACGUGAAUAAUAUGUCUGAAGAGGAUUCUUCAGAAGAAGAGGUGCAAGAAACAAGCUUGAAGCUAUUUGGGAGGACAGUUGUCAUCCCAGAUCCAAGGAAGAGAAGCUCCUCAGAUCCGAAGCAUGAAAGUGAGGAGCAGAUAUCACAGCCUUCCAAUGAAGAAAUGUUGCAGGCUUCUUCAUCGGUUGGGGAGAUUCCAGCGGCAUAUUGUGCACCAAAUGGUUGGUUUAUGUCAUACAAUUCUUUCCCAUUCCAAUUCGGUGAAUCAGCGGCAGAUGCUAGAAUUCCCCCUUUACACGUGUGGUGGCCUUACUACGGUUUUGCUCCCAUUAGCCAUCCUAGAGGACUAAGCACAGUGAUGCAGCAGACUGAAGGUAGUGACGAGAGUGACGGUGUGAAGAGCCACUCAUCCGAAUCAAGUUCGGACUCCGGGGAAAAUGUGCAGAUGACCGCUCCCCAGAGCUCGAGAAUAGUGGAAUCACUUGGAGCGAUUUACGUCCGAGACUCAGGUUCAAGUUUUGAGCUAAAACCGAGCGCAAAUUCAGCGUUUGUAAGAGUGAAGCCAAGCAACAGCGGAGAUGAAGAGGUAAUAAGGGGAUUUGUGCCUUAUAAAAGAUGCAAAUUUCAAUAACGCAGGCAAGCGGGUAUUUUCUUGAAAGCUGCUAAUUUAACAGAGAAGAGUAGGAGCACGAACGUUGCUUGCAUCACUGUAUUUUUUUUUGUUUGUUUGCGGGGAUUGGUGGUGCAUUAAUGAAUUGUUUGCUGCUUGCACCUUAAAAAGGAUAGAGAUGGUGUAAGCAGUUUGUUGCUGUAAGAAUGUUACAUGUAGACUAGUACUUAAAAUUAUAGGGGAUGCCAAUCUCUGCCCUGAUGAUGUUGUAAAAGCAGUACGCACCAUGUUUUACCUCUGGUUGAAAGCUAAGCUGUUAAUGGAAAUUGAUCUCUAUGGACUGUUUGGUUGUUUGA